GGUGCCACGGCCCCGCUGAGCGCUGCGGGAUGGAGCCGGAACCGCGGCGGUGGCCCGCAACCACCUGCCUGGUGACCGGGGCUUCCCGGGGCUUCGGGCGCAGCCUGGUGCGGCUGCUGGCUCCGCGCCUGGGCCAGGGCUCCGUGCUGCUGCUGCUGGCGCGCUCGGCAGCUCAGCUUGCCGAGUUGGCGGCCGAGCUGCGGGCCACCGGCAGCGGGCUGCGGGUGGAGUUCGUAGCCGCCGACCUGGGCUGCAAGCAGGGGCUACGGCAGGCGACUGAUGCUCUGCGAGAGGUGCUGCCCGCCGGCCCGCCCGGCCGCUUGCUCCUCAUCAACAACGCCGGCUCUCUGGGAGACAUCUCCAAAACUUUCCUCGAUCUCACUGACCCAGAUGAGCUCAACAGCUACUUUGCCUUCAAUAUCACCUCGGCGCUUUGCCUCACCUCCAGUGUCCUGCAGGCCUUCGGCAAGCGGCCUGGCUGCAGCAGGAUGGUGGUGAACAUCUCCUCCCUCUGUGCCUUGAAGCCCUUCAAGAACUGGGCGCUGUACUGCAGCGGGAAGGCUGCUCGGGACAUGAUGUUCCAGGUGCUGGCGCUCGAGGAGCCUGACGUCCGUGUGCUCAACUACGCCCCGGGUCCUCUGGACACGGACAUGCAGCUCUUGGCCCGGACUGAGACUGGAGAUGCAGACAUGCGUCAGUUUUUCCAAAACCUGCAGGAGAGUGGCCAGCUGAUAGACUGCAGUGUGUCAGCCCAGAAGCUGAUGAAGCUCCUGGAGGAGGACACCUUCUGCUCUGGUGCCCAUGUGGAUUUCUACAGCAUCUGAGUUCCAGUUGCCACAGGCACUUAUGGAAAGCAGCUUAUCUGCAGCAUGUGUUGAUGGAGGGAAGCUGCUAUGAAGCACAGUGGCACCCCCUGUGUGCCCCAGAAACGUCCCAUGUUCCUCUGCACUCAGUGAUAGUGACCUUCCUGCAGUCCUCUAGCUCAACUCUGUAUUUCUAAUUUUUAUCCACCUGGCUCUGCAAUCAUUAAAAGAUUUG